AUCACAAUCACUCAGUUUUGAUCCUUUGCUCCUUACAGAUAUCCAGUCUCCCAGAGGAUUUCGACACCAGUCAUCUGACAGGUCUGGAAAUGAUUGACCUACGGCUGAAUCCCAUCUGUGAACUAGCCCACCCAGAGCACCCUCUAGUCCGCUACCAAGAGGAGCUGCCCGCUUCGCCGAGCGCGCUAGCGGAGCUCUCCGCUCAGGCCUCCGCUAGCAGCCGCCACGGUGCGCAGGCUUUGGCGCUUAACGCCACGGCGCUCCGCUUGCCGGCUGUCCCCGCGCCGCGUCCGCACCAACAGGACCCCAGGAUCAUAGGUAACUGUUCCAGGAUUGCUGACUCGUCCAGGAACAACCUGUCAUUAGAAAAUCACAAUCCAAAGAAUAGUCUUUCCAUCCAUAAGGAUGAGCCAAUGCAAAUCAUGACCACGCCCCCCAUGGUCCAAGAUUGCAGGAUCAGGUAUGGGAGAUAUUCCAAGAUUAACUGGAUUAAAAGUAUGCAGGAUAUUCCAGUAUUGCUGCCCCAUGCUUUUAGCAAUAAGGGCUAUCGUUUUUAUACUUAACAGUUGGCACCCCUG